AUGUCGGGACCUUACCAAGGCUAUCCUCCAUACGGCGGCUCAUCUCAACACCAGAACAAUCCAUCAUCUCCAUACUCCAGGCCUCCGCCAUCUACACCAUACCCCGCAUCGCAGCAAUCUCAGCAGCCCCAGGGCUAUGGCCGCCCGCCUCCACCCCCACCACAAGGCCAGCCCUAUGCCGCCGCUAGUUCGCCCUACCCAGGUCAGCAACCGGGACAGCCCUAUGCUUCUCCUAGCUCGCCUUAUCCUGGUCAACAGCAAGCUCCUCCACAGGGAUACCCCGGACAGCAGCAAUACACCGGCCAGCCGCAAUAUCCUGGACAACAGCAAUAUCCCGGACAACAACCCUACCCCGGACAGCAGCCGCCAUAUAACCAGGCACCGCCCUACCCUUCCCAGGGAGCCCCAUACCCCGGUGGCCAGGGCCGUCCUGGACCCUCGCCAGGACCACCAAGUGGACCACCACCAGGCCAGUAUGGCCCACCCGGUGGCGCUCCUCCGUCUGCAGCUCCCCCAGCCACUCAGCAACAGGUCGCAGCUUACCGAUCGCUUUUGAUUUCUACCAUUCAAGAGAAGAAUCUCCAAAGCUUCUACCCUCCGGAGCGACUGGACCGACUUGUUCAGUCGCUUGCCGCUGAAGCCCCUGGCAAGCUCAAUAGGUUGAUUCAUGAAUGGGCUGUGCCCAUGGAGGUUGCGACCGAUGUCAUGAAACUCUCGCUGUUCGACGUGGUUCUCUAUGUCGAUGACAGUGGAUCUAUCGAAUUUGAAGAGAAGGGACUCCGAAAGGAUCAACUGAGACAGAUUCUGGGUAUUGUAGCUACUGCUGCAUCUACCUUUGACCAGGACGGUAUUUCUGUCCGAUUCAUGAACUCCAGUGAGAAGGGCGAUGGCAUUCGCAACGCUGAAGAUGUCGACCGCCUGGUGUCUCGAGUCCGUUUCUCAGGCCUGACCCCCCUGGGCACCAACCUGAGGAGCAAAGUCAUCGACCCGAUGCUCGUUCAACCCGCCCAGGCCAACCGUCUCCAGAAGCCCCUGCUGGUGAUCACCAUCACCGACGGACAACCUGCUGGCGAGCCUCACGGUACUGUGGGUGAUGUCAUUCGCUACGCGGUGGAGGAGACGUCGCGGAGCCGUUAUGGCCCCGGUUCUGUAGCCUUCCAGUUCUCGCAGGUGGGAACUGAUCAGCGGGCUCGCGACUUCUUGGGCUCUCUGGACGAGGACCCUCAUAUUGGCCAUCUGAUCGACUGUACCUCCAACUUCGAGGUUGAGCAGGAUGAGAUGUCGCGUGCUAACCCACCAGUGCAUCUCACUCGCGAGCUUUGGUGCGCCAAACUGAUGCUCGGCGCUAUCGAUUCCUCUUACGACACCAAGGAUGAGCGAGAGAAUGAACGCCGUGGUGCACCUCCACCAGCAUCAACAAGCCAGUACGGAGGAGGGUACGGCCAACCUCCGCCACCCCAGGGCCAAGCUCAGCCUCCGUAUGGUCCGCCUCCUGGUGCCCCACCGGCUUCGUACGGUUCCCAGCCGGGCUACCCACCGCAGGGUGGUCAAUACCAACAGCCUCCGCAGCAGCCGCCCUAUCAGGGAACACGGGGUGGUUAUGGCCAACAGCCGCCACAUGGGUAUGGGUCCCAGCCUGGACCUGGCUACCAGUAUGGUGGACAGCCGCCACGCUAUUAA